AUGUCUUCGCACUCUGAUAUCCAGUCUCCGGCCUCGGAGCAAUUCAACUGGCUUGAUGCCAUAUCUGGAAAUAAAGCAUUCUUUGACCCGAGAACAUGCGGUGUCCAUAAAUUUUCCAUUCCCAUCCUCCAGUCCACCAGUCUUCCAAUCGAAAUCGAAGAUGAUGACCAAAAAAUCGUGACCUCAGUCUCUCGAGACGCUAUUGUCGCCAGAUGGUUAGAGAUAGACUCCAUAUGGGAAGGGCGUGCCCCCGAGCCUAAUCCCGCAAGUGCCAAGGAAUGCAAGUUUGAGGGCAUGGAGGAAAUGGUCACUGUCGAAGAAUGGGAUUUGGAGCCUAUAUCGCUAGAGCUUCAUCCACAAUAUCCACAACUAGCGGCCGAAAAUUCGUUGUUCAGUUUACAUCGCCAGAUCUGUCAAGAAGUAGAUCUCACAGACUCGCUUGAGGGCCUGUCAUCGCAUAGACACAAUGCCAACAAAAGAUAUCUGACAUCCUCACAUCAUUACGGAAAUUGGACCUCAGUAUCCAGUUCUCUUUCUUCUAUUACCCCAUCUAUCUCGUGGACCUCUUUUCAAACAUCUGAGAUUCGGCAGUCGGCAGUUCAUAGAGAACCAGAACUUGUGAACCCAAUACUUAUUGAUCCGACUCUCGAGUCACAUGCAGAUGCAUUCUCCUGCUCAACGGACACAUCAGUCUCAAUGCUCGAUGAAUGGUGUGUAUCCGCAAAGGAGCAAACCGGGGUAUGA